GUCAUUAUCCCCAUGAGGGCGGAGCAAAAAGAGAGGUGAAGAGAAGGAUGAAACAUUUGAAGCUCAUACUGACAUGUUGCUCUGAAGGCUCCUGUGAGUACAGCCAUGGAUGGUGUGUUGGAAGGAGCGACGGUGUUAUGUGUGUGUAAACUGGCCUGCAGUCUGCUCUUCCUGCCAUCGCUGACUUCCUCCUACAGUCCCGCCAGCUUCUGCUGCUGCUGCCUCCUGCUCUUCACCGACUUCCUGGUCACAGUUUUUCUGAGUUUCCUUUGGCUCUUUGAGUCUUGGGUCUCUGAGCUGACCCUACUUGGCGACGUCAUUGCCCUGCGCUUCCUGAUCUUCCUCAGCGAAACAUACGGUGCAGUGCUGCUCCUGAUCACACCUCUGAUCGCAGUGGAGAGUGUGACCAGACUGCCGCGGCCUCACUCUGUUGUCACUAUCCGGAAGGCCUGUCCUAAAGUGGACUCUAUCGAAAAGCUUUGCUUUGUUAUUGAGGUAAAUGUGGAAGAGGAGGAGGUCAACAAAGACAGUGAAGACACAGAAAAGCGCUGGUCUCAUGUUGUCAGCUACCUCUGCUGCCUGUCAGUGUGGGUCGCUGUCGCCUUCAAUGUCAGUUUGCGAUGGAAGCAGGAGGAAGUGAGGGCAGUUGCCUGUUUGCACUCAACCAACUCCCUUGUCAGAUGUUUGCCCAACAUGUUCAGCCACAUGCCAAGCAGCGUGAAUCCCCGCUGGGGCAUGGCCUUCCUCUUCUUCCUCCUGAUCGUCCUGACCAAGAGCCUGGGCCUGAUCAGACGAAACCUGGCCCCUGCACAGACACACAGAGAGAAAUCGGGAGUUAACAACAAUGGCGACAGUUGCUGUAAAGACCCUGUUCCAACACUGUCUUCCCCCUCCAGGCCUGUGAACCCUGGGAUGGUGGGGUUGGAGCCAGAACAGUGUGUUGACCCAGAGAAAACAGAGAGCAGCUGCACUGUUCACAGAGCGUAUUCCUGGAACAGCGUGCAGAUGUCGGCGUAUCACCAUGGAGACUUUGUCCUCAUCUCCCCUGAGUGCUUGUCUGUAGAGAGAGGACAGAAGCAUGAGAGGACAAAGAGAGGUACACCUUGUGCAUUUCCCCUUGAGGAACAUGUGGACUCACAAUACAGGAGCCAGAGUGGGUGGCGACAGAGGGGUUUUCCCUGCCCAGGGGUGAAUGUAAUGAUAGGUUUCCUGGCUGUGCUCUCCAUUUUUGUGCUGCCUCUUUACCUGAGUAUGAACAUUCUAGUGAUCAGGACUAUAGAGACUCUACUGGGGCUUACUAUCACAUCUUUAGUUUCAUUUGCAGCAAACAAGCAACAGCUCUUACAUGAAACAAUUGUAUAAAACCGACGGAUGAGAAGAAAAAGUGGUGGCUGUUUGCAACAGGAUCACCAGAUUAAUAUUGCAUGUGUGCUGACAGCAGGUCUACCUGUCGACACCGGUUUGAAUAAAGUGUAAAUAAGAAUUUCGGAGCAGCUAUUCACAUGUGAGGAAUAAUAUGUGGAAACUGCUGAAAGGUGAUGAGGAGGCAGGUUGAGGCGUGCUUGCAGUAAGACACUAAAUAGAUGGCUGGAAGGCCUGUUUUUUACUGUGCAGAGCCUUAAGAUCUGCGGUGAUUUGUCAUUACACAAUGGGUUGUAGAAUGAGCCUCUCCUGCAUAAAUAAGUCUAAUCCUGGGGCAAACAGCAUUUUGAAAGUAGUAACAUUAAGUGUUCUGAAGCUGCAUCAUUUAAACCCUACAUAAAGCAAUGUAUAAAUAAAUACUGAAGGACUUGAGGGUGUAACACA